AUGGACGCUGAGAUGGACGUCAUGAAUGCUGAACAAGAUGACCCCCUUUUGCAGCCAGACGAGGAGCAGGUCGCUGAAUCGAUAUCGAACCCUUCCGAGCCCGUCACUGUGAGAAGGAAAAUAAACCAGACAAGAUUUAUCAUUCUGUGUAUUGUCAUCUUAUUCCUGCUAGACUUUGCUGCGUUCUUCGAUUUCAUACCGCAGACUCGCAUCUUUGAAUUGAUUGCCUGCCGCAAUUACUUCGAUAAACACCAUCCAGAUCGAUUCCCAUAUCCACAGGAUAUACCAGAGUCAGAAUGCAAGAUAAAGGCUGUACAGAGCGAGGUAGCCUAUGUGCAAGCUUUGGGCGCGAGUUUUGAUGCCAUUCCUAGCAUCUUGUUACUUCUUCCAUAUGGCCAGCUAGCCGAUAAUCCUAGAUAUGGCCGCAGGUUUGUGUUGCGGUUGACCAUGGUCGGUAUCCUCUUGGGUGCUUUCUGGGCCUUGAUGGUCUGCGCGCUUCAUCGAUACAUACCCCUUCAGGCGAUCUGGAUCGGGAGCAUGUUCGCCUUCAUAGGCGGAGGGCCCGGCGUGUCAAAUGCAAUGGUUAUGACCAUGGUAUCGGACGUCGUCGAUGAGGCGAAUCGGUCUACCGUCUAUUUUCAGACAUCUCUAGCAGCUGUGGUUGCUCAAUUGCUUGCACCAGCUAUAGGAUCGUCUUUGAUGAUGAAGCUGGGCCCAUGGGUGCCUUACUACCUUGGCACAGCGUUCUUCACCAUCUGCUGUCCUCUGAUAUUGCUAGUACCAGAGACCAUCCCAUUGCAGGUUCAGAAACCUGUGCCGGAGAAUAACACCUCUGGACGUGGAUCUCUGGACGAACGCCAGCCCUUCGCUCGAUCUUCCCUUGGAUCCAAGUUGAAGACACUCUUUUCCAAGGCCUGGAAGGAAACCAAAAUCAUCUUCAACAACCGUACCGUACCACUCAUCCUCUCUACCUUCCUCCUUUCAACGCUGGGGCGAAAGCAAGUCGAUCUGCUAUUGCUAUAUGCAUCCACUCGAUACGACAUCACCAUCUCGAAGGCUGGCUUCGUCCACUCCUUCAUGGCUUGCGUCAGCAUCGUUCUCCUCCUGCUCGUUCUCCCUCUCUCUUCGAGCUUCUUAUCAAACUCCCUUGGCCUGUCCAGCAAUGCAAAAGACCUGUGGCUUUCCAAAAUUAGCAUCGUGCUUCUCACUAUAGGGAGCUUCGCCAUUGGAUUCUCCCCUACAUUCGUCAUCAUGGUCUGCGCGGUAGCAAUAUAUACCCUUGGCUGCGGUUUUAACGCCGUCUGCCUCAGCUUGAUAUCGUCCUUUGUCGACCCGAAAUACUCUGCAAGACUAUACUCUGUCGUCUCACUUAUCAUCAUGCUGGGAACACUUAUAGGCGGGCCAUUUCUGGCAGGACUGUUCAAUCUAGGUCUCAAUCUAGGCUCGCCGGCCUGGACUGGAUUGCCGUUCUUUGGAUCGGGUGUCGUUCACAUAUUCGUCUUGCUGUCCGUUUGGUUUAUUAGACUGCCUUCUGUGCAGCUAGCGUAG